AUGAAGUGUUCCAGGAGUGCGGAGAGCGAUAGUGAGCGUAACCCCUGGAGUAUCGAGGAUGCUGUCCAAACCAUACUGAUGAUCACGGUGUACUCUCAGAAACACAUUCUGACGAGCGUAACGUACUCCGCCAUAGCAGAGCCUGAACAAUACAAAUAUGGCUGUUACGGUACCCAAAACGGAAACGUUUACAUGGACGCUCAGUGUUCAUCAGAUGAAAGAAUCGUAGUCAGAGAUGUUUCUGCAGGAGCAAAGCUAAACGCGACAGGUUGUGAGAGGUUUACAUCGUUUGUGGAGGAGGAGGAAUUGUGCUGCACACCUGCAGAUACGGACUGUACUUUUGACUAUUCUGUAACAGGGGGAUUUGACGCUAAUUAUAAAUACCAGAUUAACUGUACGGGAAAAAGCGAAUGUGACAAGAUUCGAGUGGAUACCAUGGAAACGCCUGAUUCGUGCUCAUCCGGGUUCUUGGAUACUAGUAACUACCUGUAUAUGUAUUACUACUGUAUCCCAGUUUCCGACAUUGGAAGCACAGACUCGGCCAUCCUCCAAGGCACCACCGACCCAUCAUACUUAUACUUGUGGAGUCCAAAUUUCCCCAAUCCUAUCAGCUCUACAGUAACAUCAACGUCGUGCUCGAUAGAGACUGCGUGCGACUCUCAGAUAACUGUUUCAGUACUGGACCUCCGUCUACAGAGUGACUCUACCGGAACGUGCCGACAAAACUUAACCAUCCAUGAUAACUCGUCAGUCAUCGUCUUAGACUGUUCCGAUAACAAUCUUUUCAUCAUUCGGGACAUUUUUACCAGCCAGUCUAACUAUUUGGAGAUGACAUUCUCAAACAACCUAGGGGCUACGAAUGGUUACUUUUGGAUCGGGUUCUCGUCGGACACGUGCGGAUCACUGAAGAUAUCGUGUCCAGCGGUUGUCCCUGGUUAUGACUGUGUGGCCAAUGCAACAGCUGGAUCUUCUUGUGUAACCACCACUCUUAGCACGACCACAGCUGAGAGUACCACCUCUACCACACUUACCACGACAACUAACAUACCUACCACCACAACCACAGCUGACAGUACCACCUCGACCACACUUACCACGACAACUAACAUACCUACCACCACAGCUGACAGUACCACCUCGACCACACUUACCACGACAACUAACAUACCUACCACCACAACCACAGCUGACAGUACCAUCUCGACCACACUUACCACGACAACUAACAUACCUACCACCACAACCACAGCUGAUACUACCACUAGCCUUGUCACUACCACUGACGAACCUACCACGACUACUGACGUACCAACUACUACUACAACUAUUGCUGAUACUACCACUACCACUGACGAACCUACUAUCACCACUGACGUGUCUAGCUCCACCACAGCUGACACAACCACUAAACUUACCACGCCAUCUGAGGAGUCUACCAUCACAACCCACACCACGACCACUGAGAUUCAUACCACCACAGCAAUUAUCACGAUAACUGACGUACCCUCUACCUCCACAGCAAUAGCUGACACCACAACCUACACCACACUUCAUACGACAACUGAGAUGCCCAACACAUUCACCUCCACCUUAGCUACUACCACGACAUCUGACAAUCCUACUACCGUUACAGCUGUAGCAGAAACUACUCCUAAAUUUACUACGUCCACUGCUGAAACCACCGCCGCCGCCACCACCACACCUGGUACCACAGAAGCACCGACCAUCAUUCCCACCACUGUCAAGUCUACGAUAUUAGGCUCGUCUCAACAGGUACCAAUAGGCAGCGAACCAGCAUCAGCCUCUUUUCCUUGGUGGUUCAUUUUAAUCGCAAUCCUGAUUAUAGCCGUUGCGGGUAUCAUUGUACUAGUGCGCUGGAAGAAACGGAAGGUAAAGCCAAAUGACGAUGAAAAGAACGGCAUACCUCCUACAAAUGAGAAAAACACACGAAGUUCAUCCAAAGGUUUAAAUGACCGUCUCUCGGAUAAGGAAUCCAACCAUAAACAACCCCUGGAAAAACCUUUUACUCCAAAUAACAUCGGUUCCAAAGGGUUGGACGCUUAUGGGGGGAAGCACCCACCUCUCAAUCCACAUGCGAAUCUUAAAGAUGGCGUUGUUCCAAAUAUGGUACCAGUACCAAUACAGGUUCCAGUGGAUUCGAACAAAGGACCAGCUAAACUACCACCCCUUGACGCCCAGCCUAUCAGGGCUGUUGAUGGUGCAUCAAACACAACAGAGAAGCGCAAGAAGAAACGGAAAAAGAAGAAACAUAAAGAAAACUUCGAAAGGGUCGAAGGCACUUCAGAAACAUCUGAAAAAAGACAAGAAAAUAAUUCAAGUUUAGGUGAUGAUUCCACUAAAGAUGAAGACGUUGAUGCAAACAAAAGCAAGAAACCUAAUGGUCACACUUCAGAAAUAAUUCCAUGUGAUUUUUCUGCUGAACAUACAGCUAUCGGUUCAAAUGAUGGCGCUGCAGAAGAACUUACUAAAAACACUUCAGACGGUCAUGCUUUAGAAGAUAUUGGAAAUAUUUCUUCGAGUCACCAUUCAACAGCCGAAAUGAGAAAUAAUUGUACAAAUGACAAAGCUUCAGACGAACUUGGAAAUAACUCGCCAAAUAAUCGUACUGUGGAUCUUGCAAAUAACACAAGUAAUCUCAAUUCAAAAGCAACAUCGCUAUCAUCAAAUAGACCCACCGCUUAUGAACAUUCAAAUAACUCGUCGACACAUCAGCUUUCAGGCAGCAAGUCUGGUCUAAGCGGCGAUUGUAAGAAGUUGGAAUCUAGCAAUUCCAGUCGCACUGAGGCGUUCUCAAUGGGUAAGGAGAAAAGUACUGUCAACGGAUGGAACAGAGGACCGAUUGGUCCGGCACUGAAAGAUAUAAAAUCUACAAUCCCAGGGUUCCAAAGGCAGGGGAGGCGAAAAUCAAGCGUGGAUCAACACAUGUUGUCUUUUUUGACGUCUGCGAGAACCAUGAAGGCAGGUGUUAGUGGUCCAUCGCAUCAUUCUGGUGAACGUCGAAAAUCCUUGAUUAAUGAGGAUAUGGACGACACAGUAGGAAGUAGACCAGAGCGUCGGUCAUCCGUGGUUAGAAUCAAGGGAUCCGAUAACUACAAUGCUCCUCGGCGUGGUUCGUUGAAUCAUAUUGGUAUCGGUGAUACUGGGAAACUCAACAAAGACAGAAAGGUUUCUGUGUCAAUAGGCGACCCCGCUCCGGACACUGGGAUAUCGUCUACGUCGGCAGUUGGACACUUGAGGUACACCAAGCCGGUGAUCAAUAUAUGA